UAUCAGUGUAGAAAUUGUUGAGAAAUUGUAGAAAAAACUCUUUCUCUCUAACAGCCACCACGGAGAAUCUGUUCCUGUGGUGGGUGAACUUUUGACAGAUUGGGUCCAACAAUGUUUCCACUGGGUUUGUCUUCAGUCUACUCAAUUUGCAGUUUUGGGGCUGGAGUUGCAGGGAAUGUCUUUGCCUUUGUGUUGUUUGUAUCUCCAAUACCCACAUUCAGGAGAAUUAUUAGAAGCCAAUCAACAGAACAGUUCUCAGAAUUGCCAUAUAUAUAUGGCCUCUUGAAUUGCUUAAUAUGCCUCUGGUAUGGCACCCCGAUCGUCACUCCUGGUAUCAUACUGGUUUUCACUGUCAAUUCAAUUGGAGGAGUUUUCCAGUUGGCAUACAUCACCAUCUUCAUCAUAUAUGCAGAGAGAACGAAAAAGUUGAAAACUUUGGGGUGGUUGCUAGGCGUUUUCGCUGUGUUUGCCAUCAUAGUUUCUGUCAGCAUAUUUGUGUUUCAGCCUCCAACUCGACAGAUUUUUGUUGGAUAUUUGUCUGUCUUUUCCCUCAUUUCCAUGUUUGCUUCUCCGCUAUUCAUUAUUAACUUGGUGAUCAAGACAAGAAGUGUCGAAUACAUGCCAUUUUACCUCUCGCUCGCAACUUUCUUGAUGAGUCUCUCGUUCUUCGCCUAUGGAUUGCUCCUCUAUGAUAUGUUCAUAUCUGUACCGAAUGGGAUUGGAGCAGUUCUUGGGAUUGUACAAUUAGUGUUGUACUUCUAUAUCAGUGGUAGAUCAGGGGAAGAGCCGAGAACGCCUCUGCUUGAAUCUUAUGCAUGAAAAGAACAUAAUUUUGUUGUCUUAAUCUGUUUUAUGUGCUCGACGUGAUUUGAUCGAGGAUUGGCAUCAUUUGACAACACAGUUCUGCAGUUGCAUUCUUUGUGAACCUUAAAAGGAGCCAGUCUUGGCGGUUUUUAAUGUAGUUUGGAGCUGAUGAGAGGCUCAGAGGAGAGCACACUGAUUAUAUAUCAGUCUGUAAAUCAUUCUUUUCAAGAGUGUGUAUAUAUGCAUAUAAUAUAUGCUAUAUGUAUGUUUGAAUGCAGUUUGUCAUACCAAUAAAAGUUUAAUUUCUAUUGUUAGAUUUGUUA